UGCUGCCUGCCGGGGGUUCCCUCGCGGCCCUGUCCAGACCUGGUCGCUGUCCUGGGAUCCCUGCGGGAUGGGGUCGGUGUCGCCCUAGUGGCAGGCCCGAAGCGGGAUGAUAAGUUUCAAGGAAAGCCAAUGUACAGAACACCGUGUUUGAGCGGGAGGAAGCGUGGUGGAAACAGAAAAGUCGGGAUCCAUCAUUCCACUCACUUCCUGGAUGCUUCUCGGCCCCCAGUUGUGUUCCAUACCAAGGACGGAAAUAUUCUGUUCCCCCACUCUCUGUAAAGAACCGCUAAUUUUGAUCACUGCGGCAUAAAGGAGUGUCCGAAGGAAUGGCGAUGCAUUGUUCAAAAAACCUCUAAACUCUGGCGUCAGCAAGGUUGAUUAAAGAAACGAUUCAGGGUUUUCAACAAGCACUUUAAAGCAGACUCAUAAAUUAUGCUUCGUGCCUAAGCACGGUUAGACACAUGCAGCUAUUACGAUUUUAACAGGAGAUCCCAUUACCACAUGCCUUUCUCCUUUGGUGCAUGACUUGAUUUGUAAUCUUGGCUUUGAACUCAGAGAAAAAUGUGAUAUCAAUAGCAUUGUCACCCAAAAUGGUGAAGUACUCUGGAAAGCAAUUACAGACCGCAUGUGCUAUGGAGAAUCAGGGCACAGUCUGGAUUACAGGGAAAGCGUGCGGCUGCUGGGUCCUGUCUGUGAGGCCAUUCAUCUUCAUACCUUGUCUCUGACCAGGGCACAGUUUGAAAUGAAGUAUUCACCAUGGUUCCAGUGGACAGCCUAUCCAGAGCUGUUUCUUGAAAUAUUUGAUGCCGUGGAAGGCCUGCACUCUGCUGCUGUCUCGCUCAGUGUGAUGAAACUGACUUCCUGUCUGGAGCGAGCCUUAGGUGAUGUGUUUUUACUGAUUGGAAAGGAGUGCCCCUUCCUUCUGAGAGAUCUCCUUGCAUCUGCAGAGCUUGCACAAGUCUUUGGGCAUGCUGCGAUGGACGUACUGAAAGUCUUCAUCGGGUCUCCCUGUGGACUCAACCUGAGAAACAUCCUGUGGCAUGGCUUUGCUGCCCCUCAAGACAUCCCUCCAAAGUACUGUUCAGUUAUGCUGUUGUUGACAGCAGGACUGGGUCAGUUACUGAAGAGCUACCUUCACCAAACGAAAGUCACAUUGGCACAUCGACCUUUUGUAACUCUUACAAACCUAGAGGACGUGAUUGUUUUUCCUGGUGUCACCUCUGAGGUGCUCUCAGCAGUAGAGAACGCCAUGAUGAACUCCGCCUUCGUAUUAAAAGCCAUGUUACCAUAUUGGGAAAUGGCAGUGGCCAAGUUCAAGGUGCACAGGUUUGCUGACUGCACCAUGCUGUUGCUGUCACAGCUAGAAGCUGGACUCAGGAGAGUUUUUGCUGCAGUUAACAAAUGCCCUGCUAGACUCCUCACGGCCGAGUCAACAAUUCUAUAUACCACAUUUGAUGAAAUACUGGCAAAGCACUUGAAUGAUGGUAGCAUCAACCGGCUUCCUCAUUUCCUGGGAGAGCCUGCCAUGGAAUUCUUGUGGGAUUUCCUGAACUAUCAGGAGGGUCCUCGUAUCCGGGACCGUCUAAGCCAUGGUGAGAUCAACUUACGUGAAUUUCCGAGAGAAGCAGCGAGCCAGCUGCUCACAUUCUCCCUGGUGCUACUGCUCAGGUUCACUGAGGAAGACACGUUGUCAGAGCUGAAGGAGGAAGCAGGCGUGCAGGUGCUGGUUAGGCUAGCUGAAGGCUACAGUUCCCGCUGCCACCCAGCCUUCCAGCUUCAAAAACAGGUCCUGAGCUGUGAGGAAAGCCUCAGGGUGUGGGAUGUGCUGCCUUUCCCGGAAGAGCUUCCACAGGAAGCAGCCAGGUUCUUCAGAUUAGAAGAUAAUUCUGAAGCACAUGCCUGCAACUCUUUAAUUAGCAAGAUUCUGUGUGAGCUCUGCCGCCGUGUGCCUGGGAGUACCUGUGCUGUAGACGGCUCGGGUGGUCCUCCCCCCGAGAGGUGGCCCCAGCUGCUCAAGGAGCUCUGCGGCACACGCAUUCCUACCUUGUUCUGCCCCAGGCUCGUCCUAGAGGUUGUGGUUGUGCUCCGAGGCAUCAGCUCGCAAUGCCAGCGUGUGUCUGCCCAGGUCAUUGCCUCUUUGCAGUUGAGACACAGGCAGUGGGUGGAGCGUAGGCUGCGCUCGAGGCAGCGUCAGAACUAUCUGCGCAUGCUUAACAGUGUUAGACUUCUGUCUCCUGGGCUUUACCUGAUUUUGUUGUUCCUGGCACUGGAGUUGGUCAGUGUCCAUGCUGUCCUUGGUAAAAGCGCUUCGGAGAGUCAGCAGUAUCUCAGGUUCUUAAAAUUGAUUCUGCAGUACACCGAGAACCUAGCGGCCUACACUAACCAAGAGAAGAACAAAUGGAACGAAGCCAUCAGUCUUACACAUGCAGUUCUGUUGAGAAUUUGGAAUUUCAGUGAGAAGAAACAAAUGUUAAUGCAUUUAGCCAAAAACUCCACAAAUCAAGUUGACACAAGUUGACAAAGAAAACAAAAGUCAGGCUCCUUAUGGUCAUAAGAGAAAACUCAAGUAGAUUCACAGCAGUUGAGUUGGGUAGCAUCCAAAGGUGGGAUGGAUUCUGUGGUCAUUCGGAUCGUGGACCAGGGAUGCUGGUAUUCUAGGGGAUAACGGAGUCAUUCCAUGGGGUAAAGAAAUAGUUGGACGUCUAGGAGAGACAGAAGACCAAGACCUGGAGAGAGGGAAAGCAACAGCUUUACUGAAGGAAGGGCUAUGAGGGGACCCACUGCAGUGGGUAUUUUAACAGGGCACCCCGGUCCUCACCUUCCUUUGAGUGGUUCUGCUUAGAGUCUUCCCUCUGCCUGGUGUCUCUUUGCACGGGGUCUUCUGGGAACAAGAAGAUGCCAUCCAAGAGAGGCUGCUUUUGCUUUCCCUGCCUACCUUUGCCCCUUUAAUUCUCCCUCACGGCUCAAGUUGUACUUUCUCUGAAGCUUUCUGGUUUGGUGUCAUUGUGACCCCUAAGCUAGUCUUAAUGCCUGCAGCAGGUUUGAGUGUUCAUGUCCUCAUGGUGCACAUUGGAGGAUGUGGUCACUCCUUUGCCCCUAGUUGCCCAGAAGCACAUGGCUUCACGUAUCUUGUUUAUCGCAUGUUCAUUUUAGAAGCUAUCCUUGUAGCUAGAGUCUAGCCAUACAGACUGUGGGGUGGGCUAGUUACAGUUACCACUGGGAGCAGGAUCGUGUUCAUCUGUGUUCAUUUCAUGGGUGAGUAAUAAGCACUAGCAACCUGUGAAGGUGGAGUCACAGAGCAGGGUGAUGGACCCCAGGUCCCCAGUGAGCAUUUAGCAACGAAUACAUUUCUAGAUGUGAAGGCUGAGUGUAGGAGGCUCUGAAAAGUUGGAGGAGAAGAGGUCAUUGUCACUGAAUCCCAAGAGUUCCCUGAAAUGCCACUUGUUUCAGGAUCUGGGAAGAUGGCCUCCCACCUCAGUUGAUUGUUUCAGGAUCUGGGAAGAUGGUCUUCCACCUCAGUUGAUUGUUUCAGGAUCUGGGAAGAUGGUCUUCCACCUCAGUUGGUAGUGGCUUCAUUGCCUGCGUGUAAUAAUGCACUUAGCCAUCCAGCCGCAGUGGGUCAUGGCUUCUUGGACCCACCUUCCGGACCCUGACUGGGUAUGUCCUGCAGCCACCAAAGAAAAAUUUCCUGUGACCCUGAGCUGAGCCGUGGAGAAGACUUUGGCAUGCUUCGUACCAGCCGCACGUUCCGCUUGUUCCUUUGUACUUUUAACCCCACCCCCAGCAUACACACCAGUCAACUUCUGGAUGAAAGAGUAAAAGCACAAGACGCUGCUCAUCAAUUGGGAUUUGAUUGCUCCCUGGAUUUAACACCUCAUUUAAAGGAACAGUACCCUUCAUGGUGCCGUAUCCUCAGUGAGUCCCGUCAAGGAUGCAUGAUCCACAGACGUGAAGAUGUAUUCUACAUCUCUUCAAGGACAUCUUGUUCUUAUGCAUAAUGACUUGUCCUUGUGUGUCGCAUCAGGGGCACAUGAUCGUGAGUCCUUUAUUGCAUCCCUUCAAGGAAAUGUAAUCCAUAUACAUGAAGACGUGCUGUAAUUCGUGCACAAGCCUUUCCUCAGCCCACCACACCAAGGAUCCAUUUACCCUUCUGUGUCGUCAUUUGCUGUAGCGCAGCAGAAGGUGUGUCUGUCUGUUCCGUUACUGUAGUGUGGAAAUUGGCAGCCGUCGCAGUAGGUCAAGUUCAGAGCUCUUUACUAUGUGGCAUCUCUGCCUUCUGAAGUUAACUAAAAAAAAAAAAGUUAAACUAAAAGUUUGAUACCUGAACCUUAUAAAUGUCUUUUUUCCAUGGAUCCUCUCCAGACUUUAGCAAAUGCUGAUAGUUCUUGCCUCUCAACCCACUUUGUUAAUUAAUUUUUUUUUUUAAAUUUUUACCAUGA